AUGUGCCGUUUCCUCAUCUACAAGGGCCGGAACGAGAUUCGUCUCAGCAAGCUUGUCACAGAGCCCAGCCAUUCCAUCCUCACACAAUCCUACGACUCCCGACUAAGAUUGGACAACCGACGCCCUGUAAAUGGGGAUGGCUUUGGAGUAGGCUUCUACACUGACCCCAAGCUGGGACCAGAGCCUUGCAUCUUUACAUCAACACUGCCAGCAUGGAACUGCGAGAACCUGGAACGUCUCGCGUCCAAGACAUGCUCGAAUCUAAUCUUUGCCCAUGUCCGCGCCACCACGGAGGGUGCUCUCGCAGACAACAACUGCCAUCCAUUCCAGCACAACACCCUCAUGUGGAUGCACAAUGGCAACAUCGGCGGGUGGAACUACAUCAAGCGUGCCCUGGGCGAGUCCCUCGCCGACAAGUGGUACUUGGGCGUCAAGGGCGGCACUGACAGCGAGUGGGCCUUUGCUCUAUUCCUUGAUCUCCUCGAGAAGGAGGGCGCCAACCCGAGCUCUGACCCUGGUCCCGAGGGCUUCGGACAGGCGUUGCUGCGCAAAGUCAUGAUGAAGACUAUUGCUAGGAUCAAUGAGCUGGUUCGUGAGGUUCCAGCUAAGCACAAUGUUGCCGUUGAGACGCGUAGCCUGCUCAAUUUUGCGGUGACGGAUGGCCAUACCGUUGUCUGCACGAGGUAUAUCAGCAGCAAGACGGAUGAGCCUGCGAGCUUGUACUUCUCCUCUGGGACUAAGUGGAAGGAGGGGAAGACCAAGGGUCAUUUCAAGAUGGAGCGUCAUGAUAAAGGCGCUGAUAUCGUGCUGGUGGCUAGUGAGCCGAUUACUUUUGAAAGACACAACUGGGUCCAGGUACCGACCAACUCUGUCGUGACAAUCCACAAGCAGACUGUCCUGUUGCACCCAAUCUUGGAUGAAUUCUACGGAGAAGAUCUCAACCAGGACCGCUCCUCUUGCUACGCAGUCUCCAAGGGCCUGGUCAGCACCGCGCCUGGUACCACCGUGCCCCCUCAGAAUGCGGCAGAGAAGUGUGCGCCUUCUGCAAACAACGGGCCUAGUCUGGAGGAUCCCCGGCUCGGGCACACCGCCAGGUGUGCGGCAACGCACUAA